AUGAAGCCAAAGCAACUGAGAGAAACCAGAGAAGAGUAUAAGGCUUUCACUCUCAAUGUAUUUUGCCAACACAUAUACCAACAAGUGCGUGCCAAGAAAUUCAACAACUAUUUGAAUGAUGAGCGCCACAAACACAAGAUUCACAUCUGCAAGCCUAAGGUGGGAGCGGAUGACAAUACAUUGGCUGAACGUUUGGAAGCCCUAGGACUAGGCCCCUCUCACUUUGCCUUGAAAACACCAGGAACGGGCAGUCUAAAGCGUUCACCUGUUCAACUUGAACUCUACAAUCCAAACAAGAAGCAGAGGGUCUAA